ACCUUAUUUUGAUCGGGUCCCAAUAUCAGUAAAGAAAAAUCUGCUGCGAUUUGACGCGCAGGACCAUUGCUGGAAAAGUAUCAGGCAGUCUAUGUUCUAAGUUGUUGCUUCUCAACUGCUUUGUUGGCGGCAAAUCUGCAUUUCCAUGGCGUCUCCAAAGCUCCUUGUUCUGUUCAUAUUUCUUCUGUCCUUAAUUUUCUUCCAUGUUGGGGCCAACGUUUUCGCUGCACAAGGCGCUGCAGAAGAUGAAUCACUGCGUGUAAACGUGGUCGACGGCUCUGAUUCAGCGCCUCUCAAGACUAAACUUGAUCAACUCAACUCAAAGAUCCAAACUCUCGAAUCCCAUGCAAGUGGAAAAACCCAAGAAUUAAAGAACAAGGAUAAAUUAGUAGCAGAAAAGGAAAAAAUUAUUCAGGAUAGGUCACAUAGCAUUGAGUCCUUGCGGAAUGAGAUUGCUUCUCUGCAGAAAAAAGGUGCAUUAGAUUCUGAGGAGAAGGUUGAAAAGGCCAAAGCCCGUGCCAUUGAACUAGAAAAACAGGCGGACAAGCUUCAAAGGGAAAUAGAAACACAAAAUAGGGAUAAAGUGACCCUGGAAACGCGAGUAAUUGAAGCUGAGGAACAGAUCCAUGGAUUGAACUCAAAAUUAGAGAAUCUUCGAAAGAUAAAUGAGGAACAAAAGAUGCAAAUUCAUAAAAUUGAACGUGCUCUCAGAGUUUCUGAGGAGGAAAUGAUGAGGGCAAAGUUUGAGGAGAGUUCCAGAAGAGAAGAGUUAAUGGAGGUCUAUGCUGCCUGGCUUCCACCUUGGCUUGCUUUACACUGGGUCCGCUGUAAGUCCUUUCUUCAGACACAUUGGAAUGAGCAUGGGAAACCUGCUUUGGAAGUGAUUACACAGAAGUUUCUAGAAAAAAAGGCACAAGCUGGGAAGUGGGCUGAACCUCCCGUGGAAACAAUUAAAACUAAAUGGAUCCCGGCUAUGAGAGAACAGUGUUCUGUGCUGAAAACAAAUGCUGAACCUCAUAUGCGAUUGUUGACUACAAAAAUUGUUGAAGUUUAUGAGGUUUCGAAGAGUGUAGUCACCUCACACUUGACCAGCGUACAACAAGCUGUAGAUCCUUAUUAUCAGGAAGCUAAAAAGUUAAGCAAGCCAUACCUCGAUCAGGCUGCUGUUGCAGCUAAACCCCAUGUUGAUAGAUUACUAGUGGCUUUGGAGCCCUACACGAUGAAGGCCAUGCAUGCUUAUGGGAAGUUCUUGGAAUCAGCUACUACGUAUCAUAGCCAGGUGCAAGCUACUGUCCAGCAGACGCUAAAGGAGCAUGAACUUACUAGGCCUUUUGCUACAAAGGAGUUGGAAUGGUUUGCUGCAUCAGCACUUUUGGUCUUACCUUUUGUUUUAUUGGCUAGAGUGUUCUCUGCCAUUUUCUGUAGAAAGGCAAAGAAACCAUUGCGAAAUGUAGACUCACACCAUCCACGCCGGAAAGUUAAGCGGGGACGUCGUGACCAGUAGAUGACAGAGGAUUUUCUUAAUUUAUUUUGUUGAGAGUAGUUAGUGUGUGAGAAUGGCAGCUGGAAGAGGUAGUGCUGGGCAUAUGUAUCUCAUAUUGAGAAUGAUUCGUGAGUGAUGGAACCUGAAAGCAGCCUACCUACAUAAUAUGGUUGUGCCGUUUCACCUUGGCUUCUAUCCAUUUUUUGGUGAACAGGACAGGACGUGCUGGGCAGUUUUAGCCCGUGAAGCUGGGCAACGGAUCAUGGCCGCCGUUUACUAGAUUUUUUUUUUUUUUGGUGAAAGCCGUUUAUUAGAAUUUUAGCUACUGAACAUUGUAUUGGUUUAUCCUUCGCUCCGUCUUAUAUAAUUUAAUUAUACCCACUUAACUAUGGUCUGCUUUCUAUUUCGUUUUAAAUGAAGUUGAUCUUUUUACCAAUAUA